AUGGAAAAACAAAAAAACAUUGAAUUUAAUGAUGCAAUUAAUCAAUGUUUAUUAACUUUAAAGGAAAAAAUUGAACCAUUCUUGAACCAUGUUUUUAUUAAACGACAACAAGCUGCAUUUUUUGAAAAAAUGAAAAUUAUUUCAAAUGAUGAAAUUAUUUGUAUACAGGUGGAUUUUAGUGAGAAUUUUCGUUUAUGUAUGCAAAAUGCUGUUCAAAAUUCUUAUUAUUCUCAAGAUGCUGUAUCUUUAUUUACUGCUUAUGUGUGGUAUGCAGGUGGUGGUGGUGAAUCUUUCGUGUACAUUUCCAACAACUUAACACAUGAUAAAUACUGUGUCAAUGCUUCAACUGAUAAUUUAUUCGAACAAUUAACCCAACGAUUUCAACAUCUACAACAAAUUCAUAUACUUUCGGAUGGAUCAAGCCAGCAGUUCAAACAGAAAUUUUUGUUUCGAAAUGUAUGUCGUUUCUCACAACAACAUAAGGUAGAUUUAAGUUGGCAUUAUUUUGCUACCUCUCACGGCAAAGGUGUCGUGGACGCCGUGGGAGGGACUUUGAAACGUCUCGUACAUCGUGCAAUUAUGAGUGGUGAAAGAUGCACCUCGGCUGCAGAUUUUGUGAAAAUUGCUCAAUCAAAAACAACUACAAUCAAUCUCAGAGAACUAACACAAGAUUGGAUCGAUGAAUCGAAAGGUCAACUUGAACAGUUGUUCUAA